AAUACAGAUAUGAUGGUUGGAGUUCCAGCAGCUAUCUUGGGCAGUGAGGCAGCUUUGAGGAUGGAAGCCUUUUGCUAAGGAAGGUGGAACACAAAGAUAGAAGACAACCAGAUUACUGAUGAUUAUGAGGCCUCCAUACCAGCCUUGGAUUGCCUAUCUUGGGACUUUUGUGGGAGUGAAAAAUACAGACUGCCCUUUAGACAUACUAAGGUGGAUUUGCAGUGCCGUGUCCCCUACCUGACUGUUGGAGCCUCUUCCCAUCCCGACCAUGGUUGGUCAACUCAGUAUAUUGACCUGAUCCAUGCUGAGACAAUGAAAUUCUCGCUCCCUGGAAUAUGCAUUGGGAAUGAAGAGGCCAUGGACUGUAACCAUUGAAACUGAGCCACAUAUCCACGUGUUCCAGAAGGAAGGGGCACAACUGCUACUGCCUGGAUCCUGGAUUUGCUGGUUCCUGCUCUCAGAGAUUUACCAAGCUUGAAAUUAUUAAGAACUAUGGAGGGUCUUUUCCACUUAUUUCUGUCUGCAAGCUGGAGACCCAGGAAAGCCAGUAGUGCAGUUUGAAGGCCUGAGAACCAGAGAGCCUAUGGUAUAGAUUCCAGUCUGAGUCUGAAAUCCUGGGAACCAGCAGCACCAAUGGGAGGAGAAAACUGACAUCCCAGCUAAAACGCGGUGUAUCUUUGGGCAAGUCAUGCUCACUCUCUUGAGCCUGGAUUUCCUCAUCAGCAAAUUGUGGAUAUGAAUGCCUGCUCUACCCGUGGGCUCUGGACUGUAAGGAAGAUGGUCAUUUCUCACCUUCCUGGAACGAGUCGUCCAUGCUCAACUUCCUAGAUGAGUGUUUAAAGGAAAUGCCGGUCUAAGACUUAGAAUAUCCUCUUUUACAUCAAAACAUGGUGGAAAGCAUUGGCGUUGGAGUCAGAAAGAUUUCUAUUUGGAUCCAAGAUCUCCAGGCUUCUAGUUUGGCAAGUUAUUUGACCUCCCCGAGCCCUGGUUUCCUGCCAGUGUGGACAUGGCACAGUGUGGAAGCGCAGGAUGCUGAGUGGGACUUUUCCUGUUGUCCCAGAAUCGUGGCUACGCCAAAAGGACCAAUAUCCCCAAGGGAAGGGAGGCGUAGGUGCAGCCCAAGAAGCAGCUGAAGGCUGUUUGCCUGACGUGGAAGCCAGAGCCCAGUGUCAGGUCCUACACACUGGACCUGACAGAGAAAGGUACAAACGCUCGCAGCACCUCGGCAAGUCUUCCAGGUCCGUCUGUAACUCUUCCUGUAACCAAAGGCCUUUUCCUGUGUUUGAACUCUGCCACCAAUGGCUGUCCUACCAAAGGCCGCCUUCUAUUCACUGACAGCUGCUUUGAACAUCAGUCACGUCAGGUCAUCUGCCAAGCUGUGCGCCUCAGGUCACAUCGCUCUGAAGCCUCUGGUUUGUCAGCUUCAAAGUGCCUCACAAAUGGUGACUUGCCUCCUUUGGGUGAAUAUUAAAAGAAAGGGAAGCCUGGACAGCUCAUGACACUUCUGGAAUUAAGGCUGGAAGCUUCUAUCAUUUUGCAGAAGAAGAAAACAGAACGAAAGAAGAGCUGUGAAGCCUACUGCCAGGCCUUAUGGCCAACACAUGGAUCUUAGGAUGCUUGGAGACAGCCUGUAAGUAGAAGAAAAGGCAGCUCUGGAGGAAGCCUGUGAAAAGAUGAGCUCUGCUGAACUAUGAAAGAAAACUGCCAAGGAUGCAGAAGGAAAUGAAGAUGAUCAAAGACGAGGAUGUGCAUUUCAAUUUGGGUGUGAAGCGGAACCCCUCCUUUCCCCACUGUCUGCAGCCAGUGGCUUCUCGAGGGAAAGCUCCCCCAAGACACUCCUUCCCAGAAGCUCUCCGGGGGCCUUUUUCUCAGUUCCGGUAUGAGCCUCCUCCUGGAGACCUAGAUGGAUUCCCGGGGGUCUUUGAAGGAGGCGGGUCUCGGAAACGGAAGAGCAUGCCCACCAAGAUGCCCUGUAAUCACCCAACGGAAGAAUCUGCUCUUGCCCUCCAGUCUGAGGAGAGCAAAAACCAUGCCCCGCCGAACUACCCUCUGCUGUUCCCGCAACCCCCGCGCCCCAAGUAUGACUCGCAGAUGAUAGACCUGUGCAACGUGGGCUUCCAGUUCUACCGCACCCUGGAGCACUUGGGGGGCAAGCCCGUCAAGCAGGAGCCCGUGAAGCCCAGUGCCGUGUGGCCCCAGCCGACACCCGUUCCAUUCCUGCCCACGCCCUACCCGUACUACCCCAAAGUCUCCCCGGGCCUCAUGUUCCCCUUCUUCAUGCCUUCGGCCUCCCCCUUCCCCUUUAGCCGGCACACUUUCCUGCCCAAACAGCCCCUGGACCCGCUGCUGCCCCGCAAAGCUGAGCCCCAGGAGAGCGAGGAGACCAAGCAGAAGGUGGAGAGGGUGGAUGUGAACGUGCAGAUCGACGACAGCUACUACGUGGACGUGGGCGGAGCGCAGAAGCGCUGGCAGUGCCCCAACUGCGAGAAGUCUUACACUUCCAAGUACAACCUGGUGACACACAUCCUGGGCCACAGCGGGAUCAAGCCACAUGCGUGCACCCGCUGCGGGAAGCUCUUCAAACAGCUCAGCCAUCUGCACACCCACAUGCUGACCCACCAGGGCACGCGGCCCCACAAAUGCCAGGUGUGCCAUAAGGCCUUCACUCAGACAAGCCACCUGAAGCGCCACAUGAUGCAGCACAGCGAGGUGAAGCCACACAACUGCCGCGUAUGCGGCCGGGGCUUUGCCUACCCCAGUGAGCUCAAGGCCCACGAGGCCAAGCACGCCAGUGGGCGGGAGAACAUCUGUGUGGAGUGCGGCCUCGACUUCCCCACCUUGGCCCAGCUGAAGAGGCACCUCACCACGCACCGGGGCCCCAUCCAGUACAACUGCUCCGAGUGCGACAAGACCUUCCAGUACCCCAGCCAGCUGCAGAACCACAUGAUGAAGCAUAAGGACAUCCGGCCGUACAUCUGCUCCGAGUGCGGCAUGGAGUUCGUGCAGCCCCACCACCUCAAGCAGCACUCCCUCACCCACAAGGGUGUGAAAGAGCACAAGUGUGGGAUUUGUGGGCGGGAGUUCACUCUGUUGGCCAACAUGAAGAGACAUGUGCUGAUCCACACCAAUAUCCGCGCCUACCAGUGUCACCUCUGCUACAAGAGUUUUGUGCAGAAACAGACCCUCAAGGCACACAUGAUCGUUCACUCUGAUGUGAAGCCUUUCAAAUGCAAGCUGUGUGGGAAGGAAUUUAACCGGAUGCACAACCUCAUGGGUCAUAUGCACCUGCACUCGGACAGCAAACCCUUCAAGUGCCUCUACUGCCCGAGCAAAUUCACCCUGAAAGGGAACCUGACGCGCCACAUGAAGGUCAAACAUGGGGUCAUGGAGCGCGGCCUUCAUUCUCAAGGUUUUGGAAGGGGGAGAAUGGCCCUGGUGCAGACAGCGGGGGUCCUGAGGAGCCUGGAGCAGGAGGAGCCCUUCGACCUGUCCCAGAAGCGCCGGGCGUUCCAGUCUGAUGGGGAGAGCGCCAGGGGCAGCUCCUGCCACGAUGAGGAGGAGGAUGACACCUGCUACGAAAUGGAGCGGGACAGUCCAGGCCUGGCCUCUCAGAGCCGGCAGCUCUGCACGCCCCAAGAUCUCUCCACCAAGGCCAAGCUGGUCCCCAGGGCUCUCCAAGAAGACUGCGAGGAGGAGGAGGAGGAGGAUGAGGAGGAGGAGGAGAAGGACACGCCAAAGGAAGAACGCCAGGAGAAGAGCAAGGACAGCCUUGGGGCAGAGGGCUGCCAGGAAAGAGACUGUGCCCACCGAGACGAGGGUCCCAGCCUCAGGGCCCUGCAGAGCACCCGGCGGGGUGCGUCCUUUUCUGAUUACUUGUACUUCAAGCACAGAGAUGAGAGUUUGAAAGAAUUACUGGAGAGGAAAAUGGAAAAACAAGCAGUGCUUUUAGGUAUCUAAGUGGGCAGUUUUAGAAAUACAUUUGGAAAAGGAGAACUAGACAGUUCAAACAUAGCUUUCUGCAUGAGCUGCUAUUUGCUGGAGGCUGGCAAAUGGCGCACAUCUUUACAAAUGGCUCAGAUUAGAUGAGCAGGGACUGUCUCCAGCAACGUAAAUGCUUCUCAGGUCAUUCACAGGGCCCUUGAUAUUUAACACACGUGCAGGGUCUUCUUCAGUGUUAUUUUGUGCAUCUCCAGUAUGAUAAGCUGUACAUAUUCUUCUAGAUCUCUGACUGUAAGCUGAUGCUGAGGUGCUUUUAGAAAUUCUAUUUUUCUUUGACUAAUACACAAUACAUGGUAAAUUUCUUUCAAGUUGCAAAAAUAUGGUGCUUGACAUGUUACCUUAUUAAUGACUAUUUAGUUGAAUGUGUGAAAGUUAUAAUAUUUUUCUAGAUAGAUGGAAAUAUGAGUAGUUGUAUAUGUAUAAACAUUGUCUUUAUUAAAUAAUCAAAAAUAUCAGAAAUGACACAGGAGGGUGAGUUAUUGAAAAGAGUGCUGUCACUUAGUUGCUGUAGAAAUAAGAUACAAUUUCAAGAGAAGAUGAAUAAUUCUGACUAAAGGAAACCCAGCUGGGGCCUGCCUUGCUCUGCUGCAGUUACCUUCAGCAGAUGUGGCAUUAGGAGCAUAUUUUCAGGUGGCCCAGCAGUACACAGCAUCGACAGGCUAAUUAAUGCCUUGUGUCCUGAGCACAGCUCCCUCCUGGAGACCUUGCUCAGAGGUCUUGUGCCCCACAAAGCAGCUGCAGGAAGAGUUGUCACCUGUGAACAGUGGGGUUUUCCUCAGUGCUGGAGCUGUAGGAGUGGAGGAGGAAUUCUCCCUGAAAUCGAAGAUCUGACUUACUUGGAGGAUUAGAAUAACCAUCAGCUAAUCACUAAUAAGGGAGAUUCUGGGCUGUUCUCAAUGCUGCCUGUACGUUAGAAUCAUCUUGGGGAGCCUUUUAAAGAUUACCCAUACUGGGACCUCACCCCGCUGAGAUUCUGAUUUAAUUGGUGUAAAGUGAAGCCCCAGCACUGGUUAUUUUCCAAAUAAUGGCCCCAUGAUUCUUAAAUGCAGCCAGGGUUGAAAAAAACUGACUGGGCUAAAAUAGUGGCUCCCAGGAGACCCCUCCCAGGGACUCCAUAAAUAUUUUUGUUUCUGGCUUCAGACUCGUUAUGGUAGAGAGCAGGAGACCUCAAAAUCAUACUGCUGACUUAGGCUUUUUAUCUGUUCCGUAAGCGCCUCACAAGGACACACACACACACACACACACACACACACACACACACACGCACAUUGUAUAAACACAUACUUUUUGUAUUAGAAGAUGAUGCUUAUAAUGUUUAUGGUCACUGUUAAUGUGUUUAAAAAUACGUAGCCAGCCUAUAGUGACUGUUUCUUCCUAGAUGCUUGAAUCAUGAGCCCAGUGAGUGACAAUGACUGUAAUGGGUGGGUUGGGCCCAGCAGGCAGGCUUGCCCUAGGCACGAGCACUGAGAAAAGCAGCACUGGCAGGAUGUCGCAUACGUGUGACUGACCAUAAGCAGUAACCCUCUGGUACUGUGUCUGGGUUUAUGUAAAGGCUGCGUCUUUCUUUUGGUAGUUUCAACUCUCUAUUUGUAGAGCUAGGUACUGUUUAUCAUUGUGCUUCCUCUCCUCUCAGAGUUCCCAGUGUAUUGCUUUAGAAGGUCUGGCCCGCCUCUGACUGCGUUACGCUGGCUUGUUCUCUUGGCCCAGGUGCUUCCCCAGCAGCCUCGUCUAGUCCUUACCGUUCCCCUGCGUGCUUCGUCAACCACUGAUGCAUUUCUCCUGCCACCUUACCUAAAGCUUCUUCCUUCAGCCUCGCCACCACGAAGUGCCAGAGCUGCUUGGGUUUUCUACUGCCGCCCAUGUCCUUAGGUCAGAGCACCUGCAAAGGGGAUGGUGAAGGGAAUGUGGUGAUUUCUGCAGUGACAAAUACAACUCUGGACCAAGAGCCUGUUUCAGGUCUUCAGAGGGCAACUGCCUUCCAUUCGUUAUUAAUACAGCUCACCAGUUCCUUUGAUGAAAUUGCCCAGGAAGCUCAUAAAGUGGCUGUGAGGUCCCCAGCUCUUAGGGUCUUGUUACACAUUCAUCCUUUCAGCAUCUAUGCAUUAAGGACCUACUUAGAAGGGCUGCAGACUUCUAAUUUGUUCUGGGUCUGGCUAGCUGGAAUAAGAACCAGGACAUCUAGAAUAGCAAGUUCUAGUCCUUUCCAACUCGAACACGUCAUGUGGGAAUGUUAGCGGAACAAGGUAAUGUUGAGAGGGAGAGAGUAUGGUUUAGAAGAGUGGUUUCCAGAUCGCCUGUUGAGGAGCCAGAGGUCUCUCUUGGGCCCCUCCAGAGGUGCUAGGGGAGAAGAAGGACUUCAGCUCCCAGGCCCAUGUCACUCAGAGUGGCUCACAUUUCAUCUGUUUUAGUAUGUUAGCCUUCCAAGUACAAUUUCAUUGGGAGGAAGAAAAAAAAAAAGUCUAGGAAAAGUAAUAAAAAAUUGUUAUGGAGUAUAUUCUAAAGCUUGUUUUUAGUUCUUGAUUCUGGGUAUAAGAUAUUUAAUUAGCUCUAACUCUGCAGUUAGUAUACACUGACCUUCUGAGAACCAAGGUUAAAAUGUUGUUUUUAUAUAUCAUUGGGUGACCAGCAUCCUGGUUUGCCUGAGACAGCCCUGGUUUAUACCUGUUGUCCCAGGUAAUUUACCAGUAGUGGCACCUGAACUCUUGAAAGUAUCCUAGUUUGGGUAAUAAAGUAUAUGGACACCAAUGCAUAAGUGCAGAGCUCAGGAAAGGGCUGGUCAACCUUGCCUAAUAGCUAGUUAACUAGAAUGCCAAUCUGAGGGAGAGGCCCUGAGGCCAUCCUCAGAGAACUAAGGGAUGAAACCAUCCAAGGUUACCAGCGUUCCAGGGCCAGGACAGCAUGACAUUCAUCACAUUGUGACACUCUGAAAAUAGGUCACUACCAAAUGCUUUCUAGGCUUUUGACCACUGUCAUUUUAAACCAACCAACUGACCAGCCAAAUGGCAUAUCUUUCUUUUAUUACUUUUCAUUCAGGCCUAUGAUUACCUCCUUGUGUUGACUUCUAAUUUUUUUAUCCUUUUUUUUUUUAAACAUUUGACUCCCCACUAGCCAUGAGACUAAGGCUGACCUUUCACAACCCCACAAGGGUAACUGGUAUAUUUGUAUGUGAGUAGUUGCAUGAGAAAGCUCAGUGUGCAUACUGUAUUUAUUAAGCCCUGAAGGCAUUUAAUAAAAUAUUAACAUCGUUUUUUGAAUCAUGAUCUUUGCUUUCCUGGAACAAAAUGUAACAGAGCUAACAUUUAAAAAUCCUUCACAUAUUUGGACAACAUUACACCAAAUGUUGAUUUUGUACAGAAUUCUGGCUUGCUAUUUAAAAACUAAAACUCCAAGUGCGUAGCAACCCAAGUUGUGAAUAUUGCUUUCUGCUUCAGUGAAAAAGCAGUCUACCUGAAAAGAGCAUGUAAUCUCUAUAUUUUGUUAAUUUAAGCAAAUAAAGACAUGUGGAACAAGCUGA